GGUCUUCCCCCAAGCUCGCCUCUGGGAGCUAGGACGGCCGACGGGCCCACCAUGGUGAUUCCAGGACCCCUGGCUGUGUCGCUGUUGCUGCCCAGCCUCACUCUGCUGGCGUCCCAUCCCUCCAGCUCCCAGGAUGUCUCCGAUGAGCACAGCAGUGAGCAGCAGCUGUGUACCCUGAGGGAGCACCCCAUCGUGGCCUUUGAAGAUCUGAAGCCAUGGGUUUCUAACUUCACCUACCCUGGAGCCCGAGACUUCUCCCAACUCACUCUGGAUCCCUCCAGAAACCAGCUCAUCGUGGGAGCCAGGAACUACCUCUUCAGACUCAGCCUUGCCAAUGUCUCCCUUCUUCAGGCCACAGAGUGGGCCUCCAACGAGGACACCCGCCGCUCCUGCCAAAGCAAAGGCAAGACUGAGGAGGAGUGUCACAACUACGUGCGAGUCCUACUCCUCACCGGUCGGAAGGUGUUCAUGUGCGGGACCAAUGCCUUCUCUCCUGUAUGCACCAGCAGACAGGUGGGCAACCUCAGCCGGACUCUAGAGAAGAUCAACGGGGUGGCCCGCUGCCCCUACGACCCACGUCACAACUCCACGGCCGUCAUCUCCUCCCAGGGGGAGCUGUAUGCAGCCACAGUCAUCGACUUCUCGGGUCGGGACCCUGCCAUCUACCGCAGCCUGGGCAGCGGGCCACCACUCCGCACCGCUCAGUACAACUCCAAGUGGCUCAAUGAGCCAAACUUCGUGGCAGCUUAUGACAUCGGGCUGUUUGCCUACUUCUUCCUGCGGGAGAACGCAGUGGAGCACGACUGUGGGCGCACGGUAUACUCCCGCGUGGCCCGCGUGUGUAAGAACGACGUGGGUGGCCGGUUCCUGCUGGAGGACACGUGGACCACCUUCAUGAAGGCGCGGCUCAACUGCUCCCGCCCGGGCGAGGUGCCCUUCUACUAUAACGAGCUGCAGAGUGCCUUCCACCUGCCUGAGCAGGACCUCAUCUAUGGAGUCUUCACCACCAAUGUAAACAGCAUUGCCGCCUCUGCUGUCUGCGCCUUCAACCUCAGUGCCAUCUCCCAGGCUUUCAACGGCCCCUUUCGCUACCAGGAGAACCCUAGGGCUGCAUGGCUCCCCAUCGCCAACCCCCUGCCCAAUUUCCAGUGCGGCACCCUGCCCGAGACUGGCCCCAACGAGAACCUGACGGAGCGCAGCCUGCAGGACGCACAGCGCCUGUUCCUGAUGAGCGAGGCAGUGCAGCCGGUUACGCCAGAGCCCUGCGUCACCCAGGACAGCGUGCGCUUCUCACACCUCGUGGUGGACUUGGUGCAGGCCAAGGAUACGCUCUACCACGUGCUCUACAUUGGCACCGAGUCGGGCACCAUCCUGAAGGCGCUGUCCACAGCGAGCCGCAGCCUCCGUGGCUGCUACCUGGAGGAGCUCCAUGUGCUGCCACCGGGGCGCCGGGAGCCCCUGCGCAGCCUGCGCAUCCUGCACAGCGCGCGCGCGCUCUUCGUGGGGCUGAGCGAGGGCGUGCUGCGCGUGCCGUUGGAAAGGUGCUCCGCCUACCGCAGCCAGGGGGCAUGCCUGGGAGCACGAGACCCAUACUGCGGCUGGGACGGCAAGCAGCAACGCUGCAGCACGCUAGAGGACAGUGCCAACAUGAGCCUGUGGACCCAGAACAUCACAGCGUGCCCAGUGCGGAAUAUGACACGGGACGGAGGCUUUGGCCCGUGGUCACCAUGGCAACCAUGCGAGCACUUAGAUGGGGACAGCUCAGGCUCGUGCUUGUGUCGGGCCCGAUCCUGUGACUCCCCACAGCCUCGUUGUGGGGGCCUCAGCUGCCUGGGGCCAGCCAUCCACGUUGCCAACUGUUCCAGGAAUGGAGCGUGGACGCCAUGGGCAUCCUGGGCACAGUGCAGUACGUCCUGUGGCAUCGGCUUCCAGGUCCGCCAGCGAAGCUGCAGCAACCCUGCCCCUCGCCAUGGGGGCCGCAUCUGCGUGGGCAAGAGCCGUGAGGAGCGGUUCUGUAAUGAAAACACACCCUGCCCGGUGCCCAUCUUCUGGGCCUCGUGGGGUUCCUGGAGCAAGUGCAGCAGUGACUGCGGUGGUGGCGUGCAGUCCCGGAGGCGGACCUGCGAGAAUGGCAACACCUGCCUGGGCUGCGGCGUGGAGUUCAAGACCUGCAACCCCGACAGCUGCCCCGAGGUGCGGCGCAAUACGCCCUGGACACCGUGGCUGCCCGUGAACGUGACGCAGGGUGGGGCGCGGCAGGAGCAGCGCUUCCGCUUCACCUGUCGCGCGCCCCUGGCCGACCCGCACGGCCUGCAGUUCGGCAAGAGGAGGAUGGAGACUCGGACCUGCCCCGCUGACGGCUCCGGAGCCUGCGACACCGACGCGCUGGUGGAGGACCUCUUGCGCAGUGGGAAUGCCGCCCCGCACGCAGUGAGCGGGGGCUGGGCGUCCUGGGGCCCGUGGUCGUCCUGCUCCCGGGACUGUGAGCUGGGCUUCCGCGUCCGCAAAAGAACCUGCACCAAUCCGGAGCCCCGCAAUGGGGGCCUGCUGUGUGUGGGAGACGCAGCCGAGUACCAGGACUGCAACCCGCAGGCUUGCCCAGUUCAGGGAGCCUGGUCCUGUUGGACCCCAUGGUCCCCGUGCUCAGCCUCCUGUGGCGGGGGCCACUACCAGCGCACGCGGUCCUGCACCAGCCCCGCGCCCUCCCCCGGCGAGGACACCUGCCUUGGGCUGCACACGGAGGAGGCGCUGUGUGCCACCCAGGCCUGCCCAGAAGGCUGGUCACCAUGGUCUGAGUGGGGCACAUGCACGGAGGAAGGAGCCCAGAGCCGCAGCCGGCACUGUGAGGAGCUGGUCCCAGGGCCAAGUGCCUGUGCUGGGAACAGCAGCCAGAGCCGCCCCUGCUCCUAUAGCGAGAUUCCUGUAAUCCUGCCUGCCUCCAGCAUGGAGGAGGCCACUGGCUGUGAAGGGUUCAACCUCAUCCACCUGGUGGCCACUGGUGUCUCUUGCUUCCUGGGCUCGGGGCUCUUGACCUUGGCGGUGUACCUGUCCUGCCAGCACUGCCAACGCCAGUCCCAAGAAUCCACACUCGUCCAUCCCGCCACCCCCAACCACCUGCACUACAAGGGUGGGGGCACCCCUAAAAACGAGAAGUAUACACCCAUGGAGUUCAAGACCUUGAACAAGAAUAACUUGAUUCCUGAUGACAGAGCCAGCUUCUACCCACUGCAACAGACCAAUGUGUACACAACUACCUACUACCCGAGCCCACUGAACAAACACAGCUUCCGACCUGAGACCUCACCUGGACAACGGUGCUUCCCCAAUAGCUGAUACGCUGCCCUGGGACCUUGGGCUCCUUGCCUUUGUAAGGCACAGAGAAGGUGCAGGUGGGACCAUGGAGCCAGUUUGCUUUGCUCUGUGUGUACCAGGCCAGGGACUUGCUACCUUGGCUGUGGGGUUCCCACUUGACUACAGAGAGCUCUGGCUGGCAGUGACCAUGGGCGAGAGGACUGGCUUCAGGCUGGCACAUGGCUGUGGUUCCAGUACAGCCCCACUGUCUCAUGGCCUCCCUGCGACCCACGGUCAUUUUGACCCUCCCCUGCCGUGUCUGGGCUGCAGACCUACUGGCAUGUGAGGAACUGGAGGAUGGAGAUGGCCACAGGGCAGUCUGUUGGGUUUGGGUUGGAAAUGACU